AUGAGCGCGCCUCAAAAGGACACUCGCAAUGCUCUCAUCGCUACCAUGGUUCCUGCCGGAGCUGCCGUCACGGCCUUUGCCAUGUUUGCUAGAGAUAAGGAUGUGGUGGACUGGUGGACCAACGUGAAGAAACCCAGUUGGGCUCCUAAAGAUGUGCGUUUGUAUUCUGUAAUGGAUAUUCUCGCUCUUGCACCUCUUGGGUAUGCCUCUUACCUAGUCUACAAGAAUGGUGGAGUUACUGACAAUCGUCUACCUACUGUUCAAGGUUUCGACUAUACAGAUACCCGCUUUGCAUUGGGAUUGUACGGGGUUAACAUGGCGCUCGCUUUGGCUACUAUCCCAUUUGUCAAGAAGAAGUGCCUGGGAUGUGUAAGUCAAUGCUAAGA